AUGCCGCCGCGGAAGGGUAAAGUUAAGGAGGACCAACCAGUGGUUACAUUAGGACCGCAGGCUAAGGAAGGCGAAAAUAUAUUUGGUGUGGCGCAUAUUUUUGCAUCCUUCAAUGAUACCUUCGUUCAUGUCACUGAUUUAUCUGGCCGAGAAACAAUUGUGCGUGUAACUGGUGGUAUGAAGGUGAAAGCAGAUCGUGAUGAAGCAUCACCUUAUGCUGCUAUGCUGGCUGCACAGGAUGUUGCUGAGCGUUGUAAAGCACUAUCAAUUAACGCUUUACAUAUCAAGUUGCGUGCAACAGGUGGAACAAAAACAAAAACUCCAGGACCAGGAGCGCAAUCUGCACUUCGUGCAUUGGCUCGUUCUGGUAUUAAAAUUGGGCGGAUUGAAGAUGUAACACCUAUCCCAACGGAUUGUACCAGACGUAAGGGUGGUCGUCGUGGUCGUCGUUUGUGA